AUGUGUCGGCCACUAGAAGGAGAACCUACGUAUCGGUAUGCAGACGCUGAUACUGUUCAAGCGGAAGCGCUUGUGAGGUCAGGCCAUCAACUGUCAAGUGGAUUGGUUGAUUAUAUGACUGAAUCUCCUGAGCUAUCUGGACUGGACAACCUGCAGGAUACUGUCACUAAGCGGCACUUGGAUGGGUAUAACAAACAGAAAGAUAAUUUUCCAACGCCUACCUCAUAUUCCGCGGAUGAGACAGGGAAUCGUGGUGGGGGUACAGCGACGCAGAAUAAAUUGGGUUUGUUGGAAGAUGAAGUCUCCCUGAGUGCCGUAACGCCGAAGGAAUAUUUUAACAAUGCUCCUGAAGUGCAGAGAAUAACUGCUGUAACCUUACCUGAAGGCCCAUCACCUACUACAUCUUUGCUGUCCAGGACCUACCAUGGAACACUAAAAAGUCUGUCUCGUAUCGGCCUCGGGGAAAGCGACACUCGACGAGGCCACACACGGAUCAGAUGGAAGAAUGGUCCGGGUAAAUGGCUGUAUGAUGAUUAUGUUGAGCAUGUCCCAGGUGCUUUGGAAGACAUGAAGGCAUUCUUGAGGUCAUCAGCGUAUAUCACCACUUCCAAUAUGAGUGGUGGUAGCCAGCAAGUCCCAGCAAGCUCCACCUCCUCCAAUAAUUCAAUCUCGAGCGCAUCACCGACGCAACAUCCUCCCUCGAGUGAUUUCACGGAUCAGUUACAAGGCUCGAAUGUUAUACCCACUAGCGACAGCCAAGCGGAUGUUGAACUGGGUGAAAUGGUCUCUCAUCCUCCACUUCUCCUGUCAUGUCUGGAAAAUGGCCGAUAUACAGUAGAGCUUCGCCAAGAGUCUAUCAUAGGCGUCGCAGAUGAUCGGCAAUUGUUCCACACAUUACGCCGUAUCUACCAUGAGCACCGAGGACGACUAAGACCCAUAUGGUCUCUGAAGACUUUGCAUAGUAUCCAUUUUAUGAAGGUAAGACGGACAUGUCCCGACACUCCACAUAUGCUGACGACGCACCAGUUUGCCUAUGGCGGAAGCCGCUACAUCGAUGUUCGAUGCCACGAAGAAAUCUGCGAAACGGGCAGACCUUGUGUCUGCGUGCCUCCCGAGCAACCUGUCCUCCCUAAAGGAAAGGAAUACGACUGCCGUCCGAUUCCUCCGAAGCUUUCCCCGCCUAUCGGCCCACGACUCAUGAUGGACUUCUUCAACAAUCCUCAGUACAUUGCCCCAAAUAGCACCUUGAUUGUUCAACAACUUCCAAAACUGGCAUGUGGGAAAUUGCAGAAUGAGCACGUAAAUCCCACCGAGGCAUGGGGUAUCUUUUACAAGGAAGACUGGAACUGGGCGAAGAUAGUAGUCAGCCACGCCGCUUCCUUGCGCAGGAUACGUUCCGUUUGA